GGCAGCACGAUGCAGACCCCGCACACACACUGGAGGCUUUCGGGGGUCCGGAAGGUCUUGUGCAAUGCCCUCCUAACCGAAGUUGGGGCGCUAGGCUCUGGUCACGGCCACUUUGUCUGGCCCACCGGCCUGGCACGCAUGGCCGACGGAGAUCUGGUGGUGAAAGACGGGGGCAGCGAGCGCGUGCAGAUCUUCACCCGGGACGGCCUCUUCAGACACGGCUUUGCCUGCAGCGGCGCCAGCCUCGGCUGUCUGGGGAACAUCGCGGUGACGGCACACGGCUGCCUGCUGGUGUCUGACGGCUCCAAAGCGCUCCGGGUCUUUUCCAAGGAGGGGCAGUUGCUCUGCCAGCUCAAGUCGCCAAAGAUUGACUGGAGGAGCUCUCAUGGGCUGGCAGUGCUACCCGCUGAUAAGCUGAUGGUGACCGACUGGACCGAUGGUGGGAAGGUCCACAUUCUGUCAGUGGACUGGAGGACAAACGGCGUCUCGCACAACAACAUCAUAGAGGGCUUCUGCCGACCCGUGCAGGCAGCCCUGAGCAAGAAUGAAGAGCUGCUGAUUGUGGAAGGGCAGCUGUUUGGGCAAUACGAAGGGCGCUGCCUAAAAAUGAUCGACCCAAAGAAAGAGCUCAAGAGGAAGGUUGGCCCGGAACUCGCAAAUGGCGCCACCUUUGUGAACCCUUCAGCGGUGUGCGUCGAUGCCGAUGGCAACAUCUUCGUGGCAGAUGAGGGCCAGAGCUCAGUUCACAUCUUCAACCCUGAUGCCACCCUCAACGCCCUUGUCGUCAGCAGCGGACUUCAAGGGCCCACCGCACUCUGCCUGACCGAGCAGGGCUACCUGGCAGUGGCCGACUGCUACCACCGCUGUGUGAAGGUGUACAGGUACAGAUAAGGGGGGCUUUAGACGUCAGACUCGUGGUGGGGGGAUGGAUGGAUGGGCACAGACAAGCCAGCUACUUAAAAAAAAAAAAACAAAUCAAAUCAAAUCUAAGUCUGCUCCUCAAUUCAAGAUGGCGUCCUGAUGUAACGUGGAGCUCGAGUGUGCAAAGGGCUAGCAGAACACCUGAGAGGACACAGGGGGCGCCGCUGAGCACAUCCCUGUACCUGCGAACGGCGCUGUGACUUUCACCAGUUCAACACCAAGAGCCCCGGCCCUCUGGACUUGAACCCGCGCUGCCUUCCCUUCUAAGCAAGUGAAGAACAUUCUGGAGACUAGGGGUGUGACGUAAUAUGCAUUGGUCCCCUCUGUGGGUCCCGGAG